AUGAAUGUGACUGAGGCAGAGCCACUGUAUGGAGAAACCACAGACAAACCCCUGUUGGACUGCUGUGCCUGUGGAACUGCCAAAUACAGAGUCACCUUCUACGGGAACUGGUCAGAGAAACUGCACCCAAAAGACUACCCAAGGAGAGCCAAUCACUGGUCAGCCCUUAUUGGAGCUUCCCAUUCAAAGAACUAUAUAUUGUGGGAGUAUGGAGGUUAUGCCAGUGAAGGGGUCAAACAAGUCGCUGAACUGGGCUCACCGGUCAAGAUGGAGGAGGAGAUCCGUCAGAAGGGUGACGAGGUCUUGACCGUCAUAAAGAUGAAGGCCCAAUGGCCAGCCUGGCAGCCCCUUAAUGUUCGAGCGGCUCCUUCAGCCGAGUUCUCAGUGGACCGCACACGUCACCUGAUGUCCUUUCUGACCAUGCUGGGUCCCAGUCCUGACUGGAACGUGGGUCUGUCAUCAGAGGACCUCUGCACCAGAGAGUGUGGCUGGGUCCAGAAGGUGAUUCAGGACCUCAUUCCAUGGGAUGCGGGGACAGACAACGGGGUCACUUAUGAGUCUCCCAACAAGCCUACAACACCUCAGGAGAAAAUUUGUCCCCUCACAAGUUUAGACAAUCCACAGAGCCCUUUCUACGACCCAGAAGGUGGCGCAAUCACUCCUGUGGCCAGAGUUGCCGUGGAGAGAAUUGCCCGAAAGGGUGAGCAGUGCAACAUUGUGCCUGAUAAUGUGGACGACAUUGUGGCUGACAUUGCCCAAGAGGAAAAAGAAGAAGAUGAUACUCCAGAGACAUGUAUCUACUCCAACUGGUCUCCGUGGUCUGCGUGCAGCUCCUCGACGUGUGAGAAGGGGAAGAGGAUGAGGCAGAGGAUGCUGAAGGCACAGCUGGAUCUUAGCGUGCCCUGUCCACAUACUCAAGACUUUGAGCCCUGCAUGGGGCCUGGCUGCAGUGAUGAGGAUGCUUCCACCUGCAUGAUGUCAGAAUGGAUCACAUGGUCACCAUGCAGUAUGUCAUGUGGUGCAGGUGUGCGCUCUAGGGAGCGCUAUGUAAAACAGUUUCCUGAUGAUGGCUUUGCUUGCACCCAUCCCACUGAAGAGACAGAGCCAUGCACUGUCAAUGAGGACUGCUCUCCAAGCAGUUGUUUGGUUACUGAAUGGGGUGAAUGGGAUGCAUGCAGCGCUACCUGUGGGCUUGGCAUGAAUAGACGGGAGCGGAUGGUGAAAAUGCCCCCGUCUGAUGGCUCCAUUUGUGGGGCUGAGAUGGUGGAAGUGGAAAGGUGUAUGAUGCCAGAAUGUCAUACAAUCCCAUGUUUACUGUCCCCGUGGUCAGACUGGAGCGAUUGCAGUGUGACGUGUGGUAAAGGCACACGGACACGUCAGCGUAUGCUCAAAUCACCUGUGGAGUUGGGAGAAUGCAACGAGGAGCUGGAACAGAUGGAGAAAUGCAUGCUGCCAGAGUGUCCGAUGGAUUGUGUGAUGUCAGAGUGGUCCGAGUGGUCAGAGUGCAGUAAAUCCUGUGGGAAGGGCCAUUUGAUCCGUACACGCAUGAUCACUCUGGAGCCUCAGUUUGGCGGGGAUCCGUGCCCUGAGACCACACAGAGAAAAACAUGCAAGAUCAAGAAGUGUAAUCAAGGAGGCUUAAACAGUGACGAGAGGAAGAGGCGCAAGGAAGACCGUAAGAAGAGGAGGAACAAACAGGGAAGGGAGGAGAGUGCCGAUGAGCUCGCAGGAUGCAAAAUGAAGCCGUGGGCUGCAUGGACUGACUGUACCAAGCUGUGUGGUGGGGGGAUCCAGGAGCGGUUAAUGACGGCCAAGAAGAGAUAUAAGAAUGCACAACUAACUAGCUGUAAAGAACGAAAGGAGAUACGGGCCUGCAAUGUCCAUCCCUGCUAGGGCUGUACUGAAUGGGCUUGUGUGAUGGGACCCAAUCUAGAUUAUGAACAGACUGUGAGACACUGUCUUGCAAUAUAUUUAAUGCUCUCUGUUUCGGGUUGGAAAGCUGCAACAGGUAGUCAGUUAUUUUUACUUUUAUUUUCUAGAAUUUAUCGUGACCCAGGCAUUGUCUAGCCUGUAAAGGAAUGGGAAACCAAGAGGGAGGGUGCUCAGAGUUGCUAUGUACUAUACAAAUCCAGAUGUAUUAAUAUGCUUUAGUAUUUGAGAGUAACAGCUCUCUGUGAAGCUUUGAAGAGGGGAGUUCUUUUGAAGACUGAUUUUUCACAAGCAGGAUCAUGUCAUAUUAAAGCUUAAUGUGUUCUGACAUGAAAUGCAAAACAAGUUUCUCCUUUUAUACUCUGUGAUCAGAUCACACACACACACACACACACACACACACUAUUUUUUUUAAUCACAGUCUUACAUGUCAGACAUCAUGUGAAGUGAUCCCCCCCUGCUAUGGCAGGUACCCAUGUUCACAUUUAAUCAGAAGAUUAGAAUCGCUAUGGCCAUAAAUAUUCAGAGUUUGGGAGUUUUAUUUCUGUUUUAUUGGUAUGUACAGUAUUCAUCAAGGUCUUGUUUAAAUGUAGGUAUUAGAAUGUAAAAUUCUGAGGUACAAUAACUAACUCAAACCCUAAAUUUGUACAUUUGGAUAGACACUGAAACGUACAAUAUGGACAUAUUGAGAACAUAUAAAAUCUAAACACUAUUAUGUAUUUACAGCUAUAGAAACGUGACAUAUUUACAAAUCUUUUAUGUCAUAAAUAUAUUUGUAUAUUUACAUUUUUACCAUUUUAUAGAUAUAUUUUAGAUCCCUUGACCCUACCCCAAACCUAAGCAUAAAGAUAACAGACUAAUAAGUGUAAGCACCAUAAUUUAUUUAUUGUUAAAUUGUCAAAAUGCAGUACCAAAGCAGUCCAAGUGGCUAAUGUAUUUCAGUCACAGUACACUCUGGCAGAAUAUAAUAGUUUUGUGUGUGGUUUAGAGUAGAAUUUACAGAAGUAUCAGCAGAAGCUGUUAAUCGCUGAAAAUCGUAUUCCAAUAUACUCCGUGAAGGUGCACAUAUCUCCUUCAAAUGCAUAUAUUAAUUUUAAGGUUUUAAAGUGCAGUCUAGUUUAAUAUCUAAUGUUAUGUAAUCCUUUUAAAUUGAAUGUCAA